ACCACCGGAGCCGUUCCUGUGGCUACCGGGGCUCUGCCGGUGGCUAAAGGCGAUGUUCCUGCCGCCCCCGGGUCUACCGGGGCUGUCCCGGUGCCUACCGGGGCUACCGGGACUCUACCGGUGGCUACUCUCGGUGUCCUUGUGGCUACCGGGACUGUGCCGGUGCCUACCGGAGUUACCGGAGCUCUGCCGGUGGUUACCGGGGCCGUUCCUGUGGCUACCGGGGCUCUGCUCGGGGCUACCGGGACUCUACCGGUGGUUACCGGGACUCUACAAGUGGCUGCUGUCGGUGUCCCUGUGGUUACCGGGACUGUGCCCGGUGUUACCGGCGCUGUCCCCGGGGCUGCCGGGACUGUGCCCGGUGUUACCGGCGCUGUUCCUGGCGUUACCGGCGGCCGCCGCCUUCAACCUGGACGGGGCCAGCCCGGUGCUCAAGGACGGGGACCGGGGCAGCCUCUUCGGAGCGGCCGUGGCGCUGCACCGGCAGCUGAGCCCCGAGCCCCGGGCGUGGCUGCUCGUGGGUGCCCCCCGGGCGCGGGCACUGCCCGGCCAGGCCGCCAACAUCAGCGGGGCUCUGUUCGCCUGCCCGCUGAGCGCCGAGCCCGCCGACUGCUGGAGGGUCCCCAUCGAUGGCGGAGAGGAUCCGCAGCGAGAGAGCAAAGAGAACCAAUGGCUGGGGGUCAGCGUCCAGAGCCAAGGGCCCGGCGGCAAGGUCAUGACCUGCGCGCACCGGUACGAGGUGCGGCACCGCGUGCGGCAGCCGCUGGAGACGCGGGACGUGAUCGGGCGCUGCUUCGUGCUGAGCCAGGACCUGCGGGAGCGCGACGAGCUGGACGGCGGCGAGUGGAAAUUCUGCGAGGGGCGGGCGCCGGGCCACGAACGGUUCGGCUUCUGCCAGCAGGGCCUGGCGGCCGCCUUCAGCCCCGACCGGCGCUACGUGCUGCUGGGGGCUCCGGGGACCUACAACUGGAAGGGCACGGUGCGCCUGGAGCGGCUCCAGCAGAGCUCCCUGGACCUGCUGCGCCCGGACGCCGGCCCGUUCGAAGCGGGGGGGGAGAAGGAGCAGGACCCGUCCCUGAUCCCCGUGCCCGCCAACAGCUACCUGGGUUUCUCGGUGGCCGCGGCCCCGGCCCUGACCCGGCCGCACGCCCUGAGUUUCGUGUCGGGCGCGCCGCGGGCCAACCACAGCGGGGCGGUGCUGCUGCUGCGGGCGGACAGCGCGAACCGCCUGGUGCCCGAGGCCGCGCUGCGCGGGGAGCAGCUGAGCUCCGCCUUCGGCCACGCGCUGGCCCUGCUCGACCUCAACAGCGACGGCUGGACGGACCUGGCCGUGGGCGCCCCCCACUUCUUCGAGCGGCACGAGGAGCUGGGGGGGGCCGUGUACGUUUACAUCAACCCGGGGGGGCUCUGGGGCAGCGCGACCCCCGAGCGCCUGAGCGGCCCCCGCGGCUCCGCCUUCGGCAGCGCACUCUGCUCGGCCGGGGACCUGGACCGGGAUGGAUUCGAGGACCUGGCCGUGGGUGCCCCUUUUGACGGCGCGGGCAAGGUGUUCAUUUACCACGGCAGCGCCCUGGGCAUCGUCACCCGCCCGGCGCAGGUGCUGGACGGGGAGGCCGUGGGGGUCUCGGCCUUUGGCUACUCGCUCUCGGGGGGGCUGGACGUGGAUGGGAACCUGUACCCCGACCUGCUGGUGGGCUCCCUGUCGGACACCGUGGUGCUCUACAGGGCUCGGCCGGUGGUUCACGUGUCCCGGGACGUGUCGGUGCUGCCGCCGCUCAUCGACCUGGAGCAGAGCAACUGCCGCGACGGGCCCGGCGUGUGCCUGGAGCUCCGGGCGUGUUUCAGCUUCAGCGAGAGCCCGGGCAGGGAGAGCGAGCUGCUGCUGGCGCUGGAGGCGGACUCGGAGCGGCGCCUGCGGGGGCAGCAGCCCCGGGGCUCCUUCCUGGAGCGGGGCCCGGCCGAGCCCGAGCACCGGAUCCGGGCCCGGCUGCGACUGCCCCGGCCGCGGGAGCGGCGCUGCGUGCCCGCCACCUUCCGCCUGCACGACGACAUCCGGGACAAGCUCCGCCCCAUCGCUGUCACUCUGUCCUUCUCCAUCGCGGGGACACCGCGGGGGCGCCGGGGGACACGGGGGACACGGGGGACACGGGGGACACGGGGGACGACGGCGCUGCCCCCGCUGGAGCCGGCGCUGAGCCCGCGGCAGCCCAGCACGCUGCGCACCGAGGUGCAUUUCCUGCGCCAGGGCUGCGGCGAUGACCGGGUCUGCCAGAGCCACCUGGAGCUGCGGCCGCGCUUCUGCGCCCGCCUUGGGGACAGCGACUUCCUGGCCCUGCCCCGGGACGAGGACGGCGCUGCCAUCCUGGCCAUCGGUGACCAGAAGGACGUGGCCCUGGAGCUGCAGGUGACCAACGAGCCCUCGGACCCCGCGCAGCCGGACAGGGACGGGGACGACGCCCACCAGGCCCUGCUGGUGGCAUCGCUGCCCCCCGAGCUGCCCUACGCUGCCAUCCGGGCCGAGGAGAGCGCGGUUCUGUGCUUGGCCAACCCCAACGGCUCCAGGGUGGAGUGCGAGCUGGGGAACCCCCUCAAACGGGGGGCUCAGGUGCGCUUCUUCCUCAUCCUCAGCACCUCGGGCGUCUCCAUCCACACCUCGGAGCUGGAGGUGCUGCUGGAGCUCAACACGACCAGCGAGCAGCCGGGGCUGGAGCCGGUGGUCGCCCGCGCCCGCGUGGUCAUCGAGCUGCCCCUGGCCGUGAGCGGCGUGGCCGUGCCCCCCCGGCUGUUCUUUGGGGGGCAGGUGCUGGGGGAGAGCGCGGUGAAGAGGGAGAGCCAGGUGGGCAGCGCCGUCCGCUUCGAGGUCACGGUGUCGCAGCGGGGGCCGGUGCUCCGCAGCCCCGGCGCUGCCGCCCUGACGGUGCAGUGGCCGCUGGAGCUGCCCAACGGGAAGUGGCUCCUGUACCCGCUGAGCCUGGAGCUGGGCACCCCCCCCGUGCCCUGCAGCCCCCCGGGCAACCCCCUGCGCCUCGCCCUGGAGCCGCCGGGCCGGGAGGAGCCCCCUGAGGAGCCCCCGGCCCGCUCGUGGUGGGUGCCCGCGGGGAGGAAGAGGAGGAACGUGACCCUGGACUGUGCCCGGGGCACGGCUCGGUGCCGCCCAUUCCGGUGCCCGCUGCCGUCGCUGGAGCGCUCGGAGCUGCGGGCGCGGGGGCGCCUCUGGAACGGGACCUUCCUGGAGGAGUUCCUGGACGUGGAGAACCUGGAGCUGAUCGUGCGCGCCGAGGUCUCGGUGUCCUCCCCCCGCGGCAACGUUGUCAUCAGGGACGCGGUGGCACAGAUGUCGGUGUCCCUGCACCUGGACCCGGGCGUGGCCGUGGCCGCCGUGCCCUGGUGGGUGCUGCCGCUGGCGGUGCUGCUGGGGCUGCUGCUGCUGGCGCUGCUCGUGCUGGGGCUCUGGAAGUGCCAUAUCGCGAUAUGUCACUGUGUCCCGUGCCAUAUCAUGAUAUAUCUCACUCUGCCCGGUGCCAUGUCGCGAUAUAUCCCACUGCCCGGUGCCGUGUCGCGAGACGUCACUGUGCCCGGUGCCAUGUCGCGACAUCCCCGUGCCCUGUCUCCCCAGCUGGGCUUUUUCCGGCGGGCGGCAGCAGCCCCGCCCCCGGCCGUGCCGCAGUUCCGGGCCGUGCGCAUCCCGCGGGAGCAGCGGCCCCAGGCCCGCGAGGGCCACACCGGAACCAUCCUGCGGCCACAGUGGGCGGCCGGACCCACGGACAGGGACGGCGACGGCGCCGCGCCCGGACCCGCCUGA